AUGUACCUCAAGGCUCGACUCCCCAACGACCUCCCCACUCCAUCCCCCGCUUCUCUUACCGGCCAUGGCUACAGCCCCCAAAAUCCCAUUCUCAAGAAUCGCGCAUGGCAAGGCCUGGAGCUGGGUCUUGGGCGCUAUUUCAUUCCUCCCGAGUUCUUUGACCAGUCUGAAGAGAAUUGCCCUGUCGCUGAACAAGAAUGGUGGGAGGCUGAUCCCAUCUCCAUUCCCGGAUUGACGGUUGACUUGAUGUCUAAUCUGCGACCGGCUCUCCAAACCAGCCCCUUUCCCCGGUUCACGAGGCAUUUCGCGGCCUUGCCACAAGAGAUCAGGGACAGCAUUAUGUCGUUUCUUCUCGUCGAGUCUGUCGCUCUAGAUUGCAACAACCUGGCCCCGCAAUCGUACUGGAAGCAGCUGUUUCUGAACGUUCCAUUUCUAUGGGACCUUGACUUGACAGUCAUUGAUCGAAAGCCAUCUCCCAUUGAGAAAGGAGUUGGUUGGGAUUGGGAAAGGCUCACACACCAGGCGCUGGCUCCCGUGCGAGUUGCGUUUACGGAGGAAGGAAAGGACACCCACACCGCUUGGGAUUAUCACCAAGUUGGGCUUGUAGUUCCUCCUGGACUCAAGAAUCGUCGGAGGAUCUGGCAAAUCUUGGAGGAGAUGUUCUCAGACGACGUGGAAGUGUAUCAUUCUAAAGAUGAUCCUGCAUCAACUCUCGGCAACAUCAACUCUCCAGACCAUCAUCUUUCUCGCAUCAUUAUCACGAUGUCUGCCUACGCUCGCGAUGUUGGCGAUGCUCUCGCCGCUAUCGCCUCCCAAGCACGUGCGCGAAUCGACAGUUUUGCACGCCAAUACCUCGACUUCAUGGACCUGGUUCACCGAGGCUGGGACGGAAAAACCCUGGGCCAUCCUCCUACUCUUGGCUACCACAACCCAGUAGAGAAGGCCGCUGUCAUUGGUGUCUUUUCUGCCCAUCAUCCAGACAAGGAUGUGCGCGGUAAAGAGGCUCUACUCGGGAUCCAGUCCUUUGACCCCCAGCGACACAGGAUCUACUGGGCGUGGAUGAACGAUCAGGGCACAUACCAACCGCAAUCAACUGUUGAAUUUGGUGAUGGGCAUACCCUGGCAACGGUGCGCAAAGCCGCGGCGGCGGCCUACGACAAGGCCGAGCACGAAGCAGUCCGACAACACAACAUCAAUGUGCUCUUUUAUCUGGCCAGACGAGAGUUGCUGGUCGCGGAGGUGAAACUCAAUCCAAUGGACUAUGGCUCCCCGCUUGUGACGGAGAUUUAUGUAUCGUGGAUGCUCUCGUUGGGUGAGGACUUUUUGACGCACAUCACGGCAAGGUCCAGUGAGUAA